GGUAGCGGCUGCGCGCGGCCGGAGACGGGCGCCGCGCGCGGGUGUGUAAGGGGAGCGGGCUUGUGGAACUGAGGCAGCCGGCGGCGAUCAUGGGAGCGGGUUGGCGGCGGCAGUAGUUGUCCGAGCCUGGGCUUCAGCCUUCCGGGGCCUCACAGGACUGGGCAGUCCGGGCCCAGCGGUGGCGGCGCCACUUGCCCACUCCCGCCCUCGGAGUCCUGAGGGAGCUCCCGGCAGACGAGCGGACCGGGCGGCGCGAAUCUGACUGAGGGGCGGGGACGCCGCCGUCGGCUCCUCGCCGCUCCGGGCUGCCCCUUGGACAGCCCCAGGCCCGGGACUGGCGCUGAGAUCCGAAGCCGAAGCUAGAGGCGGACGGUGGGCCCGGGCGGAGCCCCGCCCGGAGCCGGCGGUUCGGGGGCGGCGCUAGGCCCCGAGGCGGCCGGGCCGGAGCGCGGGGAGCGGGAGUGCGGGCACGGCGGCGUCGGCAUGAGCCGGCCCCCGGCGACGGGGAAAAUGCCCGGCGCCCCCGAGGACCUGCUGGGGGACGGGGCGGGCGCGAGCCGUCAGAGGAAGCUGGAGGCGCUGAUCCGAGACCCUCGCUCGCCCAUCAACGUGGAGAGCUUGCUGGAUGGCUUAAAUUCCUUGGUCCUUGAUUUGGAUUUUCCUGCUUUGAGGAAAAACAAAAAUAUAGAUAAUUUCUUAAAUAGAUAUGAGAAAAUUGUGAAAAAAAUCAGAGGUCUACAGAUGAAGGCCGAAGACUACGAUGUGGUCAAAGUUAUUGGAAGAGGUGCUUUUGGCGAAGUCCAGUUGGUUCGUCAUAAGGCAACACAGAAAGUUUAUGCUAUGAAGCUUCUUAGUAAGUUUGAAAUGAUAAAAAGAUCAGAUUCUGCUUUUUUCUGGGAAGAAAGAGACAUUAUGGCCUUUGCCAACAGCCCCUGGGUGGUUCAGCUCUUUUGUGCCUUUCAAGAUGAUAAGUAUCUGUAUAUGGUAAUGGAAUACAUGCCUGGUGGAGACCUUGUAAACCUUAUGAGUAACUAUGAUGUGCCUGAAAAAUGGGCCAAAUUUUAUACUGCUGAAGUUGUUCUCGCUCUGGAUGCCAUACACUCCAUGGGUUUAAUUCAUAGAGAUGUGAAGCCUGACAACAUGCUUUUGGAUAAACAUGGACAUCUAAAAUUAGCAGAUUUUGGCACAUGUAUGAAGAUGGAUGAAACAGGUAUGGUGCAUUGUGACACAGCAGUUGGAACUCCUGAUUAUAUAUCACCUGAGGUUCUAAAAUCGCAAGGGGGUGAUGGUUACUAUGGACGAGAAUGUGAUUGGUGGUCUGUGGGUGUUUUCCUUUUUGAGAUGCUGGUGGGGGAUACUCCAUUUUAUGCAGAUUCACUUGUAGGAACAUACAGCAAAAUUAUGGAUCAUAAAAAUUCACUGUGUUUCCCUGAAGAUGCAGAAAUUUCUAAACACGCGAAGAAUCUCAUCUGUGCCUUCCUAACAGAUAGGGAGGUACGACUUGGGAGAAAUGGAGUAGAAGAAAUCAAACAACAUCCUUUCUUUAAGAAUGAUCAAUGGAAUUGGGAUAACAUAAGAGAGACGGCAGCUCCAGUAGUACCUGAACUCAGCAGUGACAUAGACAGCAGCAAUUUUGAUGACAUUGAAGAUGAUAAAGGAGAUGUAGAAACCUUCCCAAUUCCUAAAGCUUUUGUGGGAAAUCAGCUGCCUUUUAUAGGAUUUACCUACUACAGAGAAAAUUUGUUAUUAAGUGACUUUCCAUCUUGUAGAGAAAAUGAUUCAGUGCAAUCAAGGAAAAAUGAAGAAAGUCAAGAGAUUCAGAAAAAACUGUACACAUUAGAAGAACACCUUAGCACUGAGAUACAAGCCAAAGAGGAACUAGAGCAGAAGUGCAAAUGUAUUAAUACUCGCCUAGAGAAGGUAGCAAAGGAGCUAGAAGAAGAGAUUACCUUAAGGAAAAAUGUGGAAUCAGCAUUAAGACAAUUAGAAAGAGAAAAGGCACUUCUUCAGCACAAAAAUGCAGAAUAUCAGCGGAAAGCUGAUCAUGAAGCAGACAAGAAACGAAAUUUGGAAAAUGAUGUUAACAGUUUAAAAGAUCAACUUGAAGAUUUGAAAAAAAGAAAUCAGAACUCUCAAAUAUCCACUGAGAAAGUGAAUCAACUUCAGAGACAACUGGAUGAAACCAAUACUUUGCUGCGAACAGAAUCAGAUACUGCAGCCCGGUUAAGAAAAACCCAGGCAGAAAGUUCCAAACAGAUUCAGCAGCUGGAAUCUAACAAUAGAGAUCUACAAGAUAAAAAUUGUCUCCUGGAGACUGCCAAGUUAAAACUUGAAAAGGACUUUAUCAAUCUUCAAUCGGUUCUAGAAUCUGAAAGGAGGGACCGAACCCAAGGAUCAGAGAUAAUUAAUGAUUUACAAGGUAGAAUAUCUGGCCUAGAAGAAGAUUUAAAGAAUGGCAAAAUCUUACUAGCAAAAGUAGAACUGGAGAAGAGGCAACUACAUGAGAGAUUUACUGAUUUGGAAAAGGAAAAGAACAACAUGGAAAUAGAUAUGACAUACCAACUAAAAGUUAUACAGCAGAGCUUAGAACAAGAAGAAGCUGAACAUAAGGCUACAAAAGCACGACUGGCAGAUAAAAAUAAGAUUUAUGAAUCCAUUGAAGAAGCCAAAUCAGAAGCCAUGAAAGAAAUGGAAAAAAAGCUCUUGGAGGAAAGGACUUUAAAACAGAAAGUGGAGAACCUGUUGCUGGAAGCUGAGAAAAGAUGCUCUAUAUUUGACUGUGACCUCAAACAGUCACAGCAGAAGAUAAAUGAACUCCUUAAACAAAAAGAUGUGCUAAAUGAGGAUGUUAGAAACUUGACAUUAAAAAUAGAGCAGGAAACUCAGAAGCGCUGCCUCACACAAAAUGACUUGAAGAUGCAAACACAGCAAGUUAACACACUAAAAAUGUCAGAAAAGCAGUUAAAACAAGAAAAUAAUCAUCUCAUGGAAAUGAAAAUGAACUUGGAAAAACAGAAUGCUGAACUUCGAAAAGAACGUCAAGAUGCAGAUGGGCAAAUGAAAGAGCUCCAAGAUCAGCUUGAAGCGGAACAGUAUUUCUCAACCCUCUAUAAAACACAGGUUAGGGAACUGAAAGAAGAAUGUGAAGAAAAGACCAAACUUUGUAAAGAAUUACAGCAAAAGAAACAGGAAUUACAGGAUGAAAGGGACUCCUUGGCUGCUCAACUGGAGAUCACCUUGACCAAAGCAGAUUCUGAGCAGCUGGCUCGUUCAAUUGCUGAAGAACAAUAUUCUGAUUUGGAAAAAGAGAAAAUCAUGAAAGAGCUGGAGAUCAAAGAAAUGAUGGCUAGGCACAAACAGGAACUCACUGAAAAAGAUGCUACAAUUGCAUCUCUUGAAGAAACCAAUAGGACACUAACUAGUGAUGUUGCCAAUCUUGCAAACGAGAAAGAAGAAUUAAAUAACAAAUUGAAAGAUGCCCAAGAACAGCUAUCGAGGUUGAAAGAUGAAGAGAUAAGUGCAGCAGCUAUUAAAGCACAAUUUGAGAAGCAGCUGUUAACAGAGAGAACACUCAAAACUCAAGCUGUGAAUAAAUUGGCUGAGAUCAUGAAUCGAAAAGAACCUGUCAAGCGUGGUAGUGACACAGACGUGAGGAGAAAAGAGAAGGAGAAUAGAAAGCUACAUAUGGAACUGAAAUCUGAACGUGAGAAAUUGACCCAGCAGAUGAUCAAGUAUCAGAAAGAACUGAAUGAAAUGCAGGCGCAAAUAGCUGAAGAGAGCCAGAUUCGAAUUGAACUGCAGAUGACACUGGACAGUAAAGACAGUGACAUUGAGCAGCUGCGGUCACAGCUCCAGGCCUUACACAUUGGUAUGGAUAGUUCGAGCAUAGGCAGUGGACCAGGGGAAGCGGAGGCAGAUGAUGGGUUUCCAGAAUCAAGACUAGAGGGAUGGCUUUCAUUACCUGUGAGAAACAACACUAAAAAAUUUGGAUGGGUUAGAAAGUAUGUGAUUGUAAGCAGUAAGAAGAUUCUUUUCUAUGACAGUGAACAAGAUAAAGAACAAUCUAAUCCUUACAUGGUUUUAGAUAUAGACAAGCUGUUUCAUGUCCGACCAGUUACACAGACAGACGUAUAUAGAGCAGAUGCUAAAGAAAUUCCAAGGAUAUUUCAGAUUCUGUAUGCCAAUGAAGGAGAAAGUAAGAAGGAACAAGAAUUUCCAGUGGAGCCAGUUGGAGAAAAAUCCAAUUAUAUUUGCCACAAGGGACAUGAAUUCAUUCCUACUCUCUAUCAUUUCCCAACCAACUGUGAGGCUUGUAUGAAGCCAUUGUGGCAUAUGUUUAAACCUCCUCCUGCUUUGGAGUGUCGUCGCUGCCACAUUAAAUGUCAUAAAGAUCACAUGGACAAAAAGGAGGAGAUUAUAGCACCUUGCAAAGUGUAUUAUGAUAUUUCAACGGCAAAGAAUCUAUUGAUAUUAGCAAAUUCCACAGACGAGCAGCAAAAAUGGGUUAGUCGGUUGGUGAAAAAGAUACCUAAAAAGCCUCCAGCUCCAGAUCCCUUUGCACGGUCAUCUCCUAGAACUUCAAUGAAGAUACAACAAAACCAGUCUAUCAGACGGCCAAGUCGACAGCUUGCCCCGAACAAACCAAGAUUGCUUGAUUUGGCAUUUAAAGACUGGGAUUGGUCAUUUGAUGAUGUUGAUGGUGAUGAUGAUGAUGACCAUGUUUUUGAUUUCUGAAGAAAUAAUGGGCUAACUGCCUUCUGUGAAUGCAGUCAUUAUUCAAGGUGAUCAUAUUCUUCCAGUUAAAACAAGACUGAAAUAUGAUGGCCCAAAAUUUAUUAAAAAGCUAUAUUUUCCUGAGACUGAAUUAUAUAUAUAUACAUACAUAUAUAUAUAUAUCCCUUUAUUCCUGCAAUAUAAAUUAUAAAUCUUGGAGAGAUUUUCUGGGCUCCAACAAGUUGAACCAACAAUGAUUGGUUCGUAGAGUAAGAGUAUCAUAUGCAACUCUUCCAAACUUGUUCCAUAAAGCUCUCUUGGCAGUCACUCACACUACAUUGCACAAAAGGAUUGAGAAGAGUUAAAAGUCUAAAGAAAUCAUCUUUGCAGCUUCCACAGAGAGAUUUCACCAGCACAUUUACCAGAAGAAUCUGGGAAUGGAUUCCACUACAGUGAAACAGACUGCAUCUUUAAGAAGCGACCAUUAUACUGUGUGUGUGUGUGUAUAUACACACACACAGACACACACACACACACACACACACACACAUAUAGUACUGUAAUACUGCAGGAGGGUUUUUAAACGUCCCACUUUAUAUUUUUAUACACAUGAAUCAGAUACCAUUACUUACGACAUUUGCAGCUAUGCACUUGUAUAAGCCAUAUGUUGGGGUUUGUAUCACUCAUUUGUGUGUAUGUGAUGAGGCAGCAUGUUCAUGUUUCAGCAGGUACUAUAACAAAGUUUGAACGUCAUUACAUCAGUUUCCUAAUGCUUCAUGAUAGGCAAAUUGACCCAUUUGGAAUGCCUUAAUUUAAUUUCUUUCAAAGUCUCAACUCUUUUCUGUAUUUUAAAAAAAGAAGUGUUUACCAGCUCUUAGGAUGCAAAUUUGCUUUGCAGGAGAAAAACAGUGCACUAUUUUUACAUGUAAUAGUUAUCAUUGUCAGCCUAUUUUGGUUGUAUAACAAUUUUUUUUAAGUAUUGGUGAUAGAAACAAUAAUGGAUAGUAUUGGAACUAAUAUAUCUUUUAUGUAUAUCUAUUAUUCAUCCAACCCCUUUUGACAGACCCCAGGUAUUAGUGUGUGACUAUGAAAUGUUUUCUUUGCUUUGAAUUUGCUGACUAUCCUAGAUAUGUUUUUAUUCCUGGUAAAGACAUUUGUGAGUAUUUUUACAUUCACACAACAUUCAAAAAUUAUCUCAAGUAUAAAGAAAAUUAAAAUAUACUGUACAUAUAUUUUAAAUAUUUAAAUGUGAUCCCUUAAACACAUAAUUGUAUAUGGCAAUAUUUCAGUAUUGGGCUCUGAAAACUGGUGACUGGGAAAAAGUGGCCUAAAAGGCACUUAACUUUUUAUUUUUUAAGUGCUAUUAAAGUUGGUUUAUGCAGGGCCAUUCUUUCUGUAUUUCUCAUCAUCCCACAAAAUUGUAUGUUUUAUACUGCUAUAGUAUGCAUCAACGAUAAGCAUUGAGUACAAAAAAAGAUGUAGUCUGACCAGUCUCUCUUUAUAUACAUACACAUAAACAGUUUGUGAUAUUGAAAUACAUUAUCUAAUAUUUCGAUGAAGGAAGACAUUUUAAUGUUGAUUCCCUCUGGGGUCAGUAUGGAGAUGUUUGAAGAGUUAGAUCCCCAAUUAGAGAUACUGUUGUGGAAAUCGGGUGGCUUUUGGCCUCCUGACAUAUUGAAAGUGCAUCCUGUUAGGCUUCCACUAGGCAGUCUGCACUCCAUGCUGUCUGUGCAAACCUAGGCGUGCUAUUCCCCGCAGGUGUGUUCUGCAGUUCCGAUGGAGGGGCACAGGUUUUUGUUUGGUUUUUGUUUUGUUUUUUUAAGCAAGAUUAAAAAAUGAAAAAUAUAUAAAAUUUAUAUAGAAUAAAUAUUUCCAUUCUUUAGACUUGUUAAAAGGAGACUGAAUUAAUAUUUUAUAUAAAGAUUUUGUUACACUAUGGGAGGUUCUAUCAUAUUAUUCUGAAUUGGAGAGUAUAUAUAUAUAUAUAUAUUUUUAAUAAACUUUAUUAAGGUGAAAUAAUUUGAAGUUUACACGAGUAAUUGAAAUAUUUGAGUAAAAAUGGCAAAAGUUUAAAUUUUGAAUGUUGUAUAUAUUAGAGAAUAUGGAGAAUCAUGGUGUGAUGCAACUAUACAAAGAAGAUUAAUGUGAAGUUUUUUUUGGGAAAAGAUAUUCUAAGGGGUGAAAAAAAUCUCUCCCAUGGAGAUUCUUCACGUUAUAUGGUUUGUUUAUAAGGUUGUUUGUCCAACGAAUAGCAAUGUGCUUAAUAAAAGGUUCGGACCUUGGGUAAGAAUUUGCUUUUUACCCUGUUGCUGGUUUCAUGUACACCCAUGAAUGAGUGCAUGCGCCUGCCCAGAUGUCCUCGUCCCGAUUCUCAUUAAAUAUGAUACCGACUUGGUCUCACAACCUGAUUUUGUGCCAGCUUCUCUUUUUUGUGUGGCUCCAAAGCUUCCAAGAUAAAUAUAAGACCAAAAGUUACUUACUUCUUCACACCUGAUUUCUCCUAGAGCCAUAAAUACCUCCUUUUGAGAGCUAAGAAGUAGUGAAUACCGGGAUUUUUCUUAGUUGGAUUUUUUACUUUUAUGGGGAUAGCGAGACAGAAGUAGAAGGAAAACUGGUGCCGGUAUUACUUUUGAAAAUUAAUGUAUAGUGAAUUUUUGAAAAUAAUUUUUUUAAAAUGCUGUCUAGGAGCAAGAAUUUUAAAAAAAUCUACCUGAAAGUCUAAAAUGCUCAGCUCUAAAGCGUAAGUGCAUCAAUAAAUCUAAAAUAAAGGUGUUUUUAAACUAACCUAUGCUGGAGUUACAGGAGUCUGGCUCUGAAGGAUCUCCUUUGCAUGUCGAUCUGUAGAUCCUUAAGAAGUGCUCUGGGUUGCCAAACCACAAUUUAAGAAGUUAUGCUGCUAUUGUUAAUCUAUUUUUAUAGGAUGCCGGUGUAAAAUAGAGAAAUUCAGACACUAUAUUACCUUGCUGAAACAUGCUUAGAAAACUGAUGAGAGCAAGUCACUUCUGAGUUUCUCAGUCUGUGUUGUGUUGACACUGCUACUGACUCCUCCCCUGGAACGAGGCUUCAGCUUCCCUGUUGUGAAGACAGCACAGCUGCCUUGCAAAGCACUUUGAAGAUAAGCACUGUAUGUAUGACAGCGCUGAAUAUUAUGCUGGGGCGCCUCCUUGAUUCCCUUCUCCAUGAUAAUGAGUUGUGUUGGAAUUGCAAUAAGUUAUGAACUGCAUGGUUUAGAUAAUCAUAAAUACCUGAUCGGCUGUCCCCUUUGAACACAAAUCGUAUCAUAUCCCCCUGGUUUUUUAUUUUAAUUUGUUGCAUCUUGUAGUAAUGUAAUUGUAUUUUAUGCCUGCUUUUUAUAUUAAAAAAUAAAUAAAAGAAAUUAAGACAAGCAUUUUCAUACUUUUCCUGUGAAAUACUGGAAUGCCGCAACCUCCUGAAAUUUAUCCCCCAAAUUUGCCUUCCCUAAAAGACAGGUAUAGAAGGUGGGUAUAGCAAACAAGUCAUAAUUAAGGUUACAGACUUGUGAGAAUCUUCCGCCCUGUCACUAUGCCACAGAGAAAUACAAAACAGA